CGCGAGACGAUGCCGAUGACGCGCCCCUCCUUGGGCUGGGCUGUGGUGAUGGCCGUCGUUGCUGCUGCUGCCGUAGUUUCAACACCGACAACGACCAUGGCACAGACUAUGGAUCCGUCGACCACGUCCACGAUGACGGGGUCUGGCUCUGGGCAUGGUAGCUUCAGUACCGCAAGUUCGUCGUCGACAGCAGCAGAUGCCGGCAGCACGACGACGACCACCACCACCGCCAUUGGAGCGAGCACCACGCCGUUGGUGAUGACCACCACGAGUACCAGCAGCGUAGCGACGUUGAGCGGCUACUUGGCUUCGACGCUGUUUGUGCCUGGGCUGAGUGAGGACGCCUUCCAGGCCGCCAGCCCGCGGUUUCUGUCCGUGGUGGCGCGUAUCACGGGCGUGCCUUCCACGGCCGUGUCUGUGGCAUAUGUUGUGUCGACCACACGCACGGCAGACAGCGGUGCAGGCGAUGGCGAUGAUGACGAGGGCCAGGGCGCUGUCGCAGGGGUAGAGGUGCGCUACAUCGUGGGGUUGCCAGCCGGGUGUGGGUGUGAGCAAACUGUGACGGAGGCGAUGGUGAGCGAACGCCUGCUGUCGUCACUGCGGCUGUCGCUUCAGGCAAGCGGCAGUGUCACGGUGACGGCGCUGCCUGAGCCAAGCGAAGGGAUGGAGACACCGCCAGAUGACAACGGCAGCUCGAACCGGCUCAUGUAUGCGAUCAUUGCCUCCGCUGGUGCCCUGGUCCUCACCAUUAUCGGCAGCGUAAUUGCGUGCAAGUGUGCGCGUCGACCCUCUGAUCGCUACACGAUGCAGCAGCAAAGUGGCGGCAGCGGCGGCGGCGGCGGCGACACCAACAUGUCCAUAUUCUCUGGUCUCAACCCAACGUUUGACAGCUCCCUCUCCUCCUCUUCCCGCGUCUGACAAUCGUGCUGGAUGUGUGCGUUUGCAUGUGUGUGUGCGUGUGUGCGCACAGUUGUGUGUGUGUGUGUGCAUGGGCAUGUGUGUUUGUGUGCAGUUGUGCAUGUGUUCAUGUAUUCACGUGCGUGUGUGUGUAUGUGCAGUUGUGCAUGUGCGUGCGCGAACAUCUUUCUUUUCGUGUGUUAAUGCCGCGGUCACAGUAGCUGCGUGUGUCUUGGUUGCCGGUUUCAGCCAAUGCGCACAUGCGACCCUGCCCCCUCCCCCCUCCAUUCUAUCGUAUUCGCACCAGAUUUGCUGCUCUUCUCUUCUCUUCUCUUCUCU